AGUCUAAACCUAAUUUUCGGCAAGUCAAGACCCAUUCCGAUUCCAAUUUUUGUUUGUAAAAAAACGAGUAAAUUUUAUAUCUAUUUUUUUUUUUUGUGUCCCUGUGAAGUUGGAAACGGUCGAAAAUAGUUACGCUUGAAAUGAUUCGUAAAUUUCCCGAUUUGAGGUGCAAGAUGCUCAUUAACCGGGCCGUCGUGAACCGCUUGAACUCGCAAUGUGGCAUGGCCACUGGCCUGAUGUGCCGCAAGAAGCCGCAGGUGCUGUCAGACGGUGUCGUCGUCGCUUCCAUCAAAAUGCAGAAUCUUGGCAAGGUUCGUCUGGAUUCCCGACGCAGCUUCGUGACGUCGCAGAUGCUGCUUGAGAAGGAGCACCCUUUUGUCCCAAAAAAGCCGGAGACCAAGGGACAGUCAUCGCCUGAGGCCACUGCUGAUGCCGAGGGGACACAGGCUCCCACAGCUAGCGAUGGUGAUGGUCCUUCUGAUUCUACCACCAAAUUCUCCAUGGCCCGCUUGGCCAAUAGCCUCCUGAGCCGCAACCAGUCGGGCCAAGCUCUCAACAUUCACGAUCUUGGCACGGCUAACAUGGAGUUCCGACGUAGCUUCAUGACGUCGCAGAUGCUGCUUGAGAAGGAGCACCCUUUUGUCCCAAAAAAGCCGGUGACCUCUGAGGACGCCAAGGGACAGUCAUCGCCUGAGGCCACUGCUGAUGCCGAGGGGACACAGGCUCCCACAGCUAGCGAUGGUGAUGGUCCUUCUGAUUCGACCACCAAAUUCAGCUCUGUGUUGGAUGUGGAGGCCAAUCUAUUGAAAUUGCGGAACAAGAUACUCGUGCACCGUGCCACCAUGUCCCGAUUGGCCACUAGCCUCCUGAGCCGCAAGCAGUCGGACCAAGCUGACCUGCAGCUCCGUCGCAGUUUUCUAACAUCGCAGACGCUGCUUGAGAAGGAGCACCCUUUUGUCCCAAAAAAGCCGGAGACCACUGAGGACGUCAAGGGACAGUCAUCGCCUGAGGCCACUGCUGAUACCGAGGGGACACAGGCUCCCACAGCUAGCGAUGGUGAUGGUCCUUCUGAUUCGACCACCAAAUUCAGCUCUGUGUUGGAUGUGGAGGCCAAUCUAUUGAAAUUGCGGAACAAGAUACUCGUGCACCGUGCCACCAUGUCCCGAAUGGCCACUAGCCUCCUGAGCCGCAAGCAGUCGGACCAAGCUGACCUGCAGCUCCGUCGCAGCUUUCUGACAUCGCAGACGCUGCUCGAGAAGGAGCACCCCUUUGUCCCAAAAAAUCCGGUGACCACGGAGGACGCCAAGGGACAGUCAUCGCCUGAGGCCACUGCUGAUGCCGAGGGGACACAGGCUCCCACAGCUAGCGAUGAUGACGGUCCUUCUGAUUCAACUGUCAACAGCAGCUCUGUGGUGGAUUUGGACGGCAAUCCAAUUCAUCCCAUUGAGAUCGAUGGUUGGAAUCAGGACGGUGAGAGCGAUCCCACUGUCCAGAACAGCACUCACGUCGACAUUGGCGACGACGACGAAUACAAUGCCGAGAUGGCACUCAAGGUACCGAAGACCCGUGAAGCCGAGUUCUCGUACAAGGGGAUAACCGUAAAGCUGCCAGAGUCCGCUUCCCAGGACAUGGGCACCUAUCGCUUCCGCCGCGAUACCGAGGAUCUGGAGACCCUCGCCGAUGACAUGCGCAUCAUCAAAUUUGACAAAAAGUAGGGAUUCAUAGAUUCCCUGCUACACGAAUUCUUGGAUCCAACCGCUUGAUCCACACACCUACACUUGUUCAAUACUUAGCCUACAAUAUUUCUCCCUUAACAAAGUCACGCAUCAAACAAUGCAAUUGCCGGCCGGCACAAUCCCUACAAUAAUAAAGAAUCAGUUAAUCAGCGUAA